GAUAACAAAAAGAAAGCUUAACAAUUUUUGGUACCUAAAGUAAAGAUCAAAUAAUUUUUGAUACUGAUUAAAUUAUUCAAAUUACUGAUCGUGCGUUUGUAUAGUAUAGUCUAGUGGAAAGGUCAAUUGUCAGUGAAAAUGGAUAAUAGAAGUUUAUUUCCAUACGUUGAAAUAAUAGAACAACCGAAUAGUACAACUACGCGCUUUCUUUAUGAAUGUGAAAGCAAAUGCGAUACUCCUAUAUACGGUGUAAAAAGUAAGCCAACACACAAAACAUAUCCUUCUAUAAGAAUAGUUGGAUACACAGGUCGAGCUAAAAUUAUAGUAUCAUGUGUAACAAAAGAUUGGCCCUAUAGACCUCAUCCUUAUGAUCUCGUUGGGGGAAACAUAAGUAAACACGUAUUUGUUUGUACAGUAGAAGUGACAUUAGAAAAUACGAUAAUCACAUUUACACAGUUUGGUAUUAAACGUGUUAACAAAAAUAAUAUUAGGAAGGCACUUGAAAUAAGAGAGCAACUUGGCAUAGAUCCCUUUCAAACUGGCUUCGAACAUAAAAACUAUGUUGAUAGUAUUGAUUUAAAUAAACUGCGGUUGUGCUUCCAAGUUGUUUUAGAGGGAGAACAAAUAGGAAUGUUAAAUACACCAUUAGAACCAGUUGUAUCUAACGUUAUACGUAAUAGAAGUAUGUCCAAUCUUUCAAUACACGACCUCAGUCACUGUAGUGCGUCGGUCGCUGGUGGUACGAAAAUGAUUUUAUUAUGCCAGAAGGUGAUAAAGAAGGAUAUACAAAUUAGAUUUUUCGAGAAGAAUGACGAGCAAGUGGUUUGGGAGGGAUUCGGUGAUUUUAUACCUGAUGAUAUAUAUAGACAAACAGCAAUAGUAUUCAGAACACCGGCAUAUAGCAGGCAGGAAGUGACGGAACCGGUGCCAGUAUAUGUUCAACUGAGAAGACCAUCAGAUGGUGCGACAAGUAAACCUUUUCCUUUUCAGAUGUUUCCUUCCAAUUUUUAGAUGACUAUUCUACAA